CAGCUCUCCUCACUAUAAAGCAGUCCUCUCAGGAAGUAUAUUUAUGAAGAAACAUUCUUGCAACACGGUGUCUGCUACAACCAAGAUGGGCUCAGUGAAAUCAGCAGGAGUGUCUCUUCUUCUGUUGUCUUUUAUUCUUAACAUAGUCAAUUCUUACCCCAACAUUGACUCCUCAGACAUGGGCUGUGAGGAAUGCAAACUGAGAAAGAACAGUUUUUUUUCAAGGGACCGUCCAAUUUACCAGUGUAUGGGCUGCUGCUUCUCCAGAGCAUACCCAACACCUCUCAGGACCAUGAAGACGAUGAUGAUCCCAAAGAACAUCACUUCAGAGGCCACAUGCUGUGUUGCAAAGCACAGUUAUGAGAUAAAAAUAAAUGAGAUAACAAUGAGAAACCAUACAGACUGCCACUGCAGCACCUGCUAUUAUCAUAAGAUAUGACAGCUGGAGACUUGAGACCCUCUACCGCUCUCAGCUUGCCAACACAAUGUUUUUCAUUCAAGAUACAGAUGCUCUUCUAUGUUUGUGAAAAUAUGUAUUGUGUUGUGAUUCUGUUUUUGUGAUGUGCAAUAAUCUUUUGUUUUGCAUCGAUACAUGUAUUUUACCCCCUGUGGAAUUGAAAUUAAUAAAAGUUUGCACCGAAAGAUUGUCAUUUUAAAUAAUUUUUCCUAUGAUAACCAUCUUUCUGACCAUAUGGUG